CUCUGCUCCGAAUCGCGCGCGUCACAGCAAUAGCACGCUGCACUGCACGCUGCGGAGUCUACCUGACCACACCUUAUCCGGACGGCGCGGGCGCCAUGGAGCGGAGGCUGUCGGCGACGUCCAGGCGGUCCGCGCCGUCGGCCAUCCAACGGCUGUCCCACCUGGCGCAGCGCGUCGGCGCCGUCAACCUCGCCGAGGGCUUCCCCGACUUCCCCGCACCGCCCCACGUCAAGGCCGCCGCCGUCGCCGCCAUUGCCGCGGACCUCAACCAGUACAGGCAUGUGCAGGGGAUCUGCGACAUCCUCGCCAACACGAUGAAACGUGACCAUGACCUCGACGUGGACCCGCUCACGGACUUUGUCAUCUGCUGCGGCCAAUCCGAAGCAUUCGCCGCGGCCAUCUUUGCAAUAAUCGACCAAGGAGACGAAGUUCUCAUCUUCGACCCUGCUUAUGAAACGUAUGAGACAAGCAUUGAGCUAGCUCGAGGCGUCCCUGUGUAUGUGCCAUUGGAUCCACCUUCUUGGACUCUGAACGAAGAAAAAUUUCUGAAAUCUUUUACAAGUCGGACCAAGGCGUUGGUCUUGAACAGCCCACACAAUCCAACAGGGAAGGUCUUCAGCAAAGAGGAGCUGCUUAUUAUCUCCCAAGCUUGUCAGAAAAUGGACUGCUUUGUGAUAACUGAUGAGGUUUAUGAGUAUAUUACUUACGAUGCGAACAAGCAUAUCUCACUGGCUUCUCUUCCAGGGAUGCAAGAGAGGACCAUCAUCACAUCCUCACUGUCAAAAACUUACAGUGUGACUGGUUGGAGACUCGGUUGGGCUUGUGCAGCAGCAAGCAUCGCCUCAGCUAUUAGAAAUAUCCACAUAAAAUUAACAGAUUCAGCUCCUGCACCAUUCCAAGAAGCUGCAUUGAUUGCAUUAACAAGCACAGCAGAUUACUACAUAUCCCUGAGAAAAGACUAUGAGGUGAAAAGAGACUUCAUCCUUCUGUUGCUGAAAGACUUGGGCUUCAAAAUCAGCGUCAAGCCACAAGGUUCAGUAUUUGUGUUUGCUGAGCUGCCAAGGUCCUGCCAACUUUCAGAUGUAGAAUUUGUGACAAAGUUGAUCAACGAUGCUGGUGUGGUUGCCGUGCCUGGCCGUGGGUUCUUCCACAAGACUUGUGACGGUGAAAGCUACUGCCACCGAUAUGUCAGGUUUGCGUUCUGCAAGGGCGACGACACACUUAAGGCUGCUGCCAUGAAGAUGAGGAAGCUGGCAAGCAGGCAGGGAGAACCAUGGCUUACUGGCAGACAAUAGGAUAAGACUAUGCCCUCCUCUAAUUGAUCAAAACCCUUAGAUUUAUUCCUCUUUUUAGUUUCUGGAUACAACUUUGAUGCCAUGUCACACGGCCCAUGAAAGUGUAACAGCUAGUUGCAUCCUUUUCCCAUAAAAGUGUAAGGGCAUGUACAACCUAGAACCCACUUCACGGUUCUCCAAGCGCAAGACACACCUAAGACAGUUUCAUACAGUGGGUUGUAUCUUAGAUUAAAUGCUUUAAUAAAUGCAUUGUAUUUACGUGUAUG